UGGCCAGCAAGGACGCGGGGCUGGUGGGCGGGGGCCCGGCGGGUGCUCCACAGCUGUCAGGGACUCCACGAGCCCGCGGGGCCCCCCUUGGCCCGGAGACCCCAGCAUGGUGCGCGCGGGCGUCGUGGGGACGCAGCUCCCCACGUCCGGCUUGGACAUCUUCGGGGACUUGAGAAAGAUGAACAAGCGCCAGCUGUAUUACCAGGUCUUGAACUUCGCCAUGAUCGUGUCUUCUGCACUCAUGAUCUGGAAGGGCUUGAUCGUCCUCACUGGCAGCGAGAGCCCCAUCGUGGUGGUGCUGAGUGGCAGCAUGGAGCCAGCCUUUCACAGGGGUGACCUUCUGUUCCUGACAAACUUCCGGGAAGACCCUAUUAGAGCUGGUGAAAUCGUGGUUUUUAAGGUCGAAGGACGAGACAUUCCAAUAGUUCACAGAGUAAUCAAAGUUCAUGAAAAAGAUAAUGGAGACAUCAAAUUUCUGACUAAAGGAGAUAAUAAUGAAGUUGAUGACAGAGGCUUAUACAAAGAAGGCCAGAACUGGCUGGAAAAGAAGGAUGUGGUGGGAAGAGCCAGAGGGUUCUUACCAUAUGUUGGUAUGGUCACCAUAAUAAUGAAUGACUAUCCAAAAUUCAAGUAUGCUCUUUUGGCUGUAAUGGGCGCAUAUGUGUUACUAAAACGUGAAUCCUAAAGUGAGAAGCAGUUCCUGGGAUGAAGAUUAAAUGAAUUCUAUUGAAAAAGAGAAAAACUAAUAUAUUUGAAAUGUUCCACUUUCUGUAUACAAGGGAAAUAAUGCAGAGACGUUUGCGUCUUGUCCAAAUAAAUGAUUCAUCAGU